GGGUUAUCUAUUAUUUUCUCAGAUUACCAAAAGAAGAAAGAGAUGAGGUUCUGGCCUUUCCUGGGCCUGCCCUCUUUUUUCUUUAAUCUUUGUGUAAUAAAAGAAAAAUAAAUAAAUAAAUAUAAAAUAAAGUAGUAGUAGAAGAAACAGGGAACAGUAGUGUCUUUGUUUCUUCAUUAUUCUCCCCACAAUCCCACAAAAAUUAAAAAUUUGGGUUAGGGUUUUCAUUUUUCCUUUCCUUUUCCCUCAUUUUUAACCUUUACCGAUACCGAUCCGGUCUGUUGUAGUCGAUCAAGUCGAAUUUAAUCGAAUCGAGUUGAAUUGAAGUCUCGAGAUUGAGUAGUUAGCUAAUUAAGAUGGUGAGAGGAAAGACUCAAAUGAAGAGGAUAGAGAAUGAUUCAAGUAGACAAGUGACCUUCUCAAAGAGAAGAAAUGGUUUGCUGAAAAAAGCUUUUGAGCUUUCUGUUCUUUGUGAAGCUGAAGUUGCACUUAUUAUUUUCUCUCCUACUGGUAAACUCUACGAGUUUGCUAGCUCAAGUGCAACUAGGACAAUCGAUCGGUACCAAAAACAUAUGAAGGAGCUGCGUGGAGUGAAGAGUAAAGUAUCAUCAGACAGCAAUAUGCUGCAAUUCAAGGAAGAUGCUCAUGAACUUGAGAAGAAGUUAAAGAGCCUUGAGAUUUCUAAACGGAAGUUACUAGGAGAUGGUCUUGAGGCUUGUUCCAUUGAUGAGCUUCAAGAGCUUGAGAAACAGCUGGAUAAGAGUCUUUCCAAUAUCAGAGCAAAAAAGAAUGCGUUGUUCAGAGAGAAGAUUGACAAGUUGUAUGAUGAGGAGAAGCUCUUGCUCAAAGAGAAUGCCCGCCUAAAAGAGAAGCUUCACUUAUCUUCACCGGACUCGCAACGCAGCCGGCAAAAUGAAGAUGAUCAGCAGAACAGCGCGCAAGAUGUAGAGACCGAAUUGUUUAUAGGACUGCCGGAAAGCAGAAACAUGAGACUGCUGCAGUAAAAUCUUACUAACUAAAAGAAAAUAAAAAACAAAGGUUUGGGUGUAUGUUUAUUGUGUAACCUUUCAUUUACAUGAUCAGGUUUCUGAAGUUAGGUUGUGAACAUUGGAGUCAAAAUUCACUUCUACAUUGUGGUUUGGCUGGUAAAUAAUGAAUUUCAAGAGAAGUGUGUUAUUAUCUGCUAUAGAGUUCAGUGAGAUGAAUAUGUUGGUCUGUUGUAAUGCUAAUCAUAGUACAUUAUUAUUACUCCUUACUUUUCCUUUUUUUUUUUUUUUUUUUUUUUUUGUUGCGCCUUUGCUAGGAGAGUGAUAAACUGAUUAUAGUAUAAAGUCAUUUUUGAGACUGCAACUAUCGUUAUAAGCUUUUGGUUGA